GGUGGCCCUUAACACCCCAACAAAAAUAAACUUGGAAAGGAACGUGUCUAGCACGGAUCAGACCACCAUCAUUCUUCCUCCAUAUUACACCAUCAUCUUGAUCCCCAGACCAGCACAAGAUGAACCAAAACAAAUUGGCACUUCUGCAGUGGCAGGAUGCAGUGCAAGAGGAGGGCCAGCGUGUCAUGUACCAGGUGACAACCAGGCUGUACCAGGGUAAGAACCUCAGACCUGAUUACUACUGGGUAGAGAACAUCAACAGCAACCAGGCCUAUAAGAAGUAUUUUAACAACGACCAGCGACAGAUCCUGGAGUCAUUCCACGACUCUCAAAAUUAUGACAUAGAGAUAGCUGCCAGAGAAUUUGACAUAAGCUUACAUUGGGCUGUUCAACAAAAGUUUUGCAAGCUAAAUCGUCUAGAGGUACUUUAUGGGUAUCUAGAACGUCUUGUAAACAUGAGGAAUACCAAUUCUCAUCGUUCUGAUCAUUCUGGCAUUCCUACAAGUGAUUUAAAAGAACAACUUGAAGAAUUACUCAAAUUAUGUCUUGAUAUCCUGAGUAACCUGGAGGACAGAACUAGUGAUGAUCUCUCAAGUGUCAAAAGAGACAUUAGAAACAGCAUUAAUAAAAGGUUACUAAUGUUGCCUAAAAGCACACCUGCACAGAGGCUGGAUGAUGGUGCCGAAUGGAUGCACCGCAGUGUGCAGAGGGUGGAUAAUAGUGAUGGAUGGAUGCACCGCAGUGUGCAGAGGGUGGAUAAUACUGAUGGAUGGCUGCACCACAGGGCUGACACAGCAAGAACCCACCAUUCAACCACUAUGUCUCAGAGGGUUGCAGACGAGGAGGAUGAUGGUCUUGGAACCCUUGGCAAGGUAGCUGUUGGGGUGGGGGUGGCAGGGGUGGGGAUAGUUGCACUGGGAGCUCUGGCCGACUAUUUGUCCGAAAAAAACAAAAAUGGUAAACAAUCCAAUAGAAAUAGUACCUCUACAUCGAAUAAGAAUGACGACUGCAGCAUAAUGUAAUCGCAUGCAAAAUUAUAAACAAAAGUCCCUGUUAUCCACAUCAGUCAAUGUAGCAGAGGACAUAACACAGAAUACAUUCAGACUGAUUUUUUAACAUUACAGCCUCUCCUCACUUAGUGACGUACUCACUUACCAGCGACUUGGACUUACGACGGGCUCUCUGACCAGUAUGCGUACCUAAAUAAUGUAUAUUAGAGCUGAUUUCCUCUAUUCUGUUUAUUACAAUAUACAAUACACUACUGUAUAAACAUUUAAAAAUAUACCAGAAAUGUUAUAAAUUGUGCAAAGGUGACAUUAAAACAAUAUCAAAGAUGGUUGACACAAACUCACUACCAUUACAGUUUGCUCCUCACUUAGUGACGAAUUUGUUUAACAACGUGGUCUCAGGAACGGAACUCUGUCAUUAAGUGAGGAGAGGCUGUAUACCUGAAAUGUUAUAAAUUGUGCAAAGGUGACAUUAAAACAAUAUCAAAGAUGGUUGACACAAACUCACUACCAUUAUAGUAUGCUCCUCACUUAGUGACGAAUUCGUAUACUGAUGUGGUCUUAUGACCGGAACUCCGUCUUUAAGUGAGGAGAGGCUGUAUUAUAGUCCCUAGGACUCCUUAUGUUUGACAUCAACACAUGAGAAUCAAAUAGGUACUUAUUAGAUAACCAGUGUGACCAUGAUAUACUUAAAUAUUUUGACUAUUUCAGUGCAACUAAAUUUUGUACAGAAAAUCUAUGAUCGUUCCAAAAUGUGGAACAAGCUAUCAGAUAAAACAUGAAGUGGUAUAUUGUUUGAGAACCACUGUGAUUGUACUGCCUUUUGAUGUAUUAAAUAAAGGAAAUAAUGGAAGAAAUUAGAGGAAAGUAUGCGAAGUGUAAACACAACUUUUUCUUAAAAAUAAAAUAAUUUCUUUCACUCAUAAUUAUAAGUGCUUUUGUGAAAAUUAAAUCACCCUUUUCAUUGAAAUAUUCAUAAAUACACCUACCAUCCGACUUACGACCGAGUUCGGUUCCGAGAAACCGGUUGUAAGUCGAAAUGGUCGUAAGUCGAACUUUACUACUGAAUAUCAACAAAACAUUUUUGUAAUGACUAUUUUAUUGUUUUAUUUUGGUAUUUUAUGUUUUACUUUACUUUUUAUGCUGUUAGUACUGUAUUUUAUACUGUAAGGUUUAGGAUAAACACUGUGUACAACACAAAUAGUUGUUUAUUUCCCAGAAAAUUGGCAUAAAAAACACGGUCGUAAGUCGAGUGGUUGUAAGUCGAGCAGGUCGUAAGUCAGAUGGUAGGUGUAUACGGUGUUGAUAUGUUGCACUUUUUAACUUUAGCAUAGGCACGCCUCUGGCAAGUGCAUAAUGGAGUGCUUGGUGACGGAAGUGUUUCUUUUUUUUUUCGGGUCACCCUGGCUUGGGGGGGAGAUGGCCCAUGUGUUGAUAUGUUACACUUUUUAACUUUUGCAUAGGCACGCCUCUGGCAAGUGCAUAAUGGAAUGCUUGAUGACGGAAGUGUCUCUCUUUUUUUCGGGUCACCCUGCCUUUGUGGGAGACGGCCCAUGUGUUAAAAAAAAAAAAAGGCAAAAAAUUGGCUUUAUAUUGAAGUAUGAACUAAACUUUAACAAGAGUGAGAGUCCAUAAAUUGUACUUUGACUGUUUAGCAUUUUGUAACUGGUAUAUAAUAAUUAGUACUGCUGCACUUUUUAUGCUUGAUGUAGUUUAGGUUCAUGCGACCUCGUCUUUGUAUGAUUUACUAAUGUGUUAUCAUAGUUCUGUAUUUGUAGCAUAUUAAAAUAUUUUUAAGUUCUUGUUUUCCAUAUUCAUCAUUGCCAAACUGCCAUUUUAAGUUUUCCGUUAUGUGUGUCAGUAAAAAGAAUGUUAUCUACUACUGGAUGGUGAAACAUCUGCAAAUUAAAGAUACGUAGAUGUUGCACAUGUGUCUAAUUCUUCAUCUUGUCUGUAUUGUAAUACCAUUCAUAUACAGGCAGGCCCCACUUAUACAGCAGGUUAGAUUACAGGCUACUGUAGGGCCCCACCUACACAGAAGGUUAGAUUACAGGCUACUGUAGGGCCCCACCUACACAGAAGGUUAGAUUACAGGCUACUGUAGGGCCCCACUUAUACAGCAGGUUAGAUUACAGGCUACUGUAGGGCCCCACCUACACAGAAGGUUAGAUUACAGGUUACUGUAGGGCUCUACUUAUACAUACAGCAGGUUAGAUUACAGGCUACUGUUGGGCCCCACCUACACAGAAGGUUAGAUUACAGGCUACUGUAGGGCCCCACUUAUACAGCAGGUUAGAUUACAGGCUACUGUAGGGCCCUGCUUAUACAGCAGGUUAGGGUCCAGGCUAAUGUAGGGCCCUGCUUAUACAGCAGGUUAGGGUCCAGGCUAAUGUAGGGCCCUGCUUAUACAGCAGGUUUCAUUCCAGGCUAAUGUAGGGCCCCGCCUAUACAGCAGGUUAGGUUCCAGGCUACUGUUGAAAGAGAAAAUUGCUGUAAAGUAAAACAGCCUCCAUUUUUACUUGGAAAUGCAUAUAAAAGCCUGAUAACAUGGUUACAAUAUCAUAAAUUAAGUGAGCAAUAGAGCUAGACCUAAAAAAUGCAUGUAAAGUACAGGAGGGCCCUGCUUAUACAGCAGGUUAGGUUCUGGGCUACUGCUGUAAAGCAGAAAUUGCUGUAAAGUGAAACAUAAUUUUUUUUUUACUUUCAAAUGCAUAUAAAAGCCUGAUAACAUGUUUACACUGUCAUAUAUUAGGUAAGCAAUAGUUAGGUCUAAAAAAUGCAUAUACAGCACACACAUUACUUACCUUAAAAUAUUUUCGUCCUUAGCGUCUAGCGAGUGGUAAAUAUACAGUGGACCCCCGGUUAACGAUAUUUUUUCACUCCAGAAGUAUGUUCAGGUGCCAGUACUGACCGAAUUUGUUCCCAUAAGAAAUAUUGUGAAGUAGAUUAGUCCAUUUCAGACCCUCAAACAUACACGUACAAACGCACUUACUUAAAUACACUUACAUAAUUGGUCGCAUUCGGAGGUAAUCGUUAUGCGGGGGUCCACUGUACUUAUUGUAGGAAGUCUGAAUAAAUGAAGAAUGGGUACACUAAUUGGAAACCUCUGCAUUAGCAAAAUGCUGUAAAGUGAAGGCUGUAAAGGACGGCCUGCCUGUACAUUGAGUUAGCAUGUUGAGAAAAAUUUGGAUUCCAACACUAUCCCCUAAGGUGGCUGAUUACGUUAUGCUGUAUUUCCUGAGUUAGAAUUUAGAAUUUUUGGACACGGUGUUUUCUAUCUGUUAUAUUAUUUGUUCAUAAGCUUGAUUGGGUGAUGGGUGUAUGUAUUGGCUUUGAUUAGUGGGUGUGUUUUUAAUAGUUACUGGUGAUGGAACAUGUUUACAUGGAGGGGAUUUAUGGGGUCAACACCCCUGCAGCUUGGUCUGAGACCAGGCCUCAUGGUGGAUCAGGGUCUGAUCAACCAGGCUGUUACUGCUGGCCGCACGCAAACUGACGUAUGAACCACAGCCUUCUUGAAGACAGCCAGAGGUCUGUUGGUAAACCCCCUUAUGUAUGCUGAGAAGCAGUUGAACAGUCUUGGGCCCCGGACACUCAUUGUGUUGUCUCUCGGUGUAAUCGUGGUGCCCAUGCUUUUUAUUGGGGGAAUGUUGCAUCUCCUGCUGAGUCUUAUGCUUUCAUAGGGUGUGAUUUUCAUGUGCAAGUUUGGUACUAAUCCCACUUAGGAUUUUCAAAGUGUAUAUUAUCAUGUAUCUCUCUCGCCUGUGUUCCAGGGAAUAAAAAUCAAGAGUCUUCAACUGUUUCCAGUUAUUCAUUAGGGAUUUGCUGGUACUUCCGGCCCGGGUCUUCUCCAGAUGGCGACCCGGCGAACUGUUUCCAGUAAUUUAGGUGUCUUAUCGUAUUUUAUGUGUGCCAUGAAAGUUCAUUGUACACUCUCCAGGUCGUCAAUUUUGCCUGCCUUGAAGGGGGGCCGUUAGUAUACAGCAGUAUUCCAGCCUAGAGAGAACAAGUGAUUUGAAGAGAAUCAUCAUGGGCUUGACAUCCCUAGUUUUGAAGGUUCUCAUCCAUCCUUUCAUUUUCUUAGCAGAUGCGGUAGAUACAUUGUUGUGGUCUUUGGAGGCGAGAUCCUCUGACAUUAUCACUCCCAGGUCCUUCACAUUACUUUUUCGCUCUAUUGUAUGGUUAUAAUUUGUCGUAAACCCUGAUGCAGUUAUAAUUUCCUCAAGUUUUCCAUAGACAAGUUGAAAUUACUCUUCAUUGAACUUAAUGUUGUUUUGAGUGUCCCAUUUGAAGAUUUGGUUGAUGUCCACUUGGAGUCUUGCGGUGUCUUCAGUGGAGGUCACUGUCGUGGUUAGGGAAAACCUUUUUCUAGAUAUAUAUCUGGGUGGAUGGUUCAUUGAGGUAUCUGUGGAGACGAAGAAUGUUAUCUGUGGAGGCAAAGAAGGAAAUGUAUGAGAGUAUGGUGGGUGUGAAGCAUGGGUUGUGAAUGUUGCAGCGAGGAGGCUGGAGGCAGUGGAAAUAUCGUGUCUAAGGGCAAUGUGUGACAAAAAUACUAUGCAGAGAAUUUGUAGUUUGGAGAUUAGGAAGAGAUGCAGAGUUACUAAAAGUAUUAUCCAGAGGGAUGAGAAGGGAUUGUUGAGGUGGUUUGGUUAUUUAGAGAGGAUGGAGCAAAAUAGGAUGAUGUGGAGGGUGUAUAAAUCUGUAGUGGAGUGAAGACAUGGUAGGGGUUGUCCUAAGAAAGGUAGUAGGGAGGGAGUAAAGGAGGUUUUGUGUGCAAGGGGCUUGCACAAAUAGCAGGCAUGUGAAUGUGUGUGUUAGGAGUGGAGACAAAUGGUUUUAGGGAUUUGACAAGCUGUUGGGGUGUGAGCAGGGUAAUAUUUUGUUUAGGAAUGAAGGGAAACCGGUUAGUGGAACUUGAGUUCUGGAGGUGGGAAGUAUAAUACCUGCACUCUAAAGGAGGAGUUGGGGAUAUUUAUUGUUUAGAGGGACAUCUAAACUGUCAUAUCUGCACACCUCUGGCAAGACAGUGAUAGUGUAAACAAUGGUGAAAAUGUUAAUUUUUUCGGGUCACCCUGCCUUGGUGGGAGACAGCCAGCAUGUUAAAAAAAAAAAAACUGGGAAGUACAGUGCCUGCACUCUGAAGGUGUGGGGAUAUUUACAGUUUUGAAAUGUACUAUCAGGGUCCCUCUGGCAAGGCAAUGAUAGAGUGAGUGAUGGUGAAAGUGUUUCUUCUUUUUUGGGUCACCCUGUCUAGGUGGGAGACAGCUGGUAUGUUUAAAAAAAAAAAAAUUGGGCCACGGCCCUAAAGGUACAGGUACACAUAAGUGCAGUUAUACAAAUUUACAAUUAUCAUACGUAGUAACGUGUAUAAAUUACCCACCAAGAUAACCUAAAAAAGUAAGUGACUUAUUUCCACUGGGAAGCCUGGUAUCACUGUGUUAUCUGUGUGCACAUUUUGAGACCUGCAUGUAGGCUUGCAAUUGCUCUGAACAUAGUUGGAACUUGUCCAACAUGGCCUUAUAUUGUAGCUUUCUAUUUGUUCUACAUAAUUUAGGUGUUUUUGGUAAUGUAAGAUGCUUAUUUUAUCUUAAACUGCUCUUUAUAUUGUUUAGCCAGACUUGAGUCCUGGAGGUGGGAAUGUCCUAAAUAUUAUAUUAAGUAUACCCUGUGUUGUGUAUAACAUAUAUCUAAUAUUGUAUAGAAUCGGCCCAGUGCCUGACAGAAUUAUUGUCUAUCUUUGUAAUUACCUGUAUGUUGGGGACACCAUACGUUUGCAUUACCGAGCUGUUGACAUGUUUCAAACCGCUAGCCGUGAUGCCACGGACCUCAAAUACUGUCAGGUCAGCCGAGUUUGAACUGCUAUGAUGCCUUGCUGUGAGGGUGCAGGCAGUCAGACACGUACCCUCAGGCAGUCAGGGCAUCAGACUGCAGGCUGGGCUUCCUACUUAUACUACCAAUAUAUCCAAUAUAAGCAUCUCUGAGUUAUCAUUCACCAUCACUCGACUUAAGAAUCCUUCAUGACAGGAAGUACAGUGCCUGCACUCUGAAGGACGGGUGGGGAUAUUUGCAGUUUUGAACUGUAGUAUCGGCACACUUCUGAUAAAACAGUGAUGGAGCGAAUGAUGGUAAAAGUGUUUCUUCUCUUUUGGGUCACCCUACCUUUUGCUUAGUUAUAUCAGCAUUAAUUAUAGUAGCUUCUGCAGUAAUAAAACUUUAAACGGAGAACUACAAAGUAUGUAAUUGGAAGUCACUUACAAACACAGCUAUAGAUUAUCUAACUAUGGAUAUUGAAGAUAGAAAUGAUUGGGAUAAGCUAGACACAAUAACAAACAUGCCAGAAUUGCCGUCAAUGCCUACAAGCUUAUUUGAAGAUGUAUACUUACAUAAAAUGAUGUGUGUUUAGAAGAAGCAAGGUUAGCAUUGCUUACCUUAUAAAAAACUCAUUCCAUUAAAAAUUAUAAUCUCUUUGUUUAGUUAAUAUAUUUAAUUACAUAUACAGUGGACCUCCGGUUGACGAUCAUCUCCCAAUACGACCAAUUAUGUAAGUGUAUUUAUGUAAGUGCGUUUGUAUGUGUAUGUUUGGGGGGUCUGAAAUGGACUAAUCUAAUUCACAAUAUUCCUUAUGGGAACAAAUUCAGUCAGUACUGGCACCUGAACAUACUUCUGGAAUGAAAUAAUAUCGUAAACCAGGGGUCCACUGUACUAAGGUGGUACCUUGAAUUUCAGCCAAAAUUCGUUCCAGAAGACUGAGUGCUGAUACCAAAUGAAUUUGUUCCCAUAAGGAAUAAUGUAAAUUAGAUUAGUCCAUUUCAGACCCCCAAAAGUACACUUACCAAAGCACUUACAAAAAUAUACUUACAUAAUUAUUUGAGUUGGGAGCUGUUCGAAAUUCGAGGUACCACUGCAUCUUUUGCUAUGUUUAAUCAAAUUUAAAUCUGGUGUAAUAGGAGUCUGCACUAUUAAGAUUUCUUAGACAGGAACAUUGUCACUUAUUUGUCUGUUCCUGGAUUAAGCAAUGUUGAAAUUGCAGUGUCAUUUUCCACUCUCUUGCUGGUUUGAAUAUGCAACGACGAGAUACAGACUAAAAACUAUUAACCCUUAAACUGUCCAAACAUAGAUCUACGUUUGGAGUGCUACACGAGUGAACGUAGAUCUACUUUUUUUUUUUACGUGCUUUCAAAUGGGGAAAAUCAAGGUCAGAAUGUUACGCGCGUAAACGUAGAUCUGUAUUUGGACAGUUUAAGUGUUAAUUUAUAGAACUUUAAUCAAAUUUUUCCAGAAUUCAUGUUAAUAGGAUUUAGAUCAAUCUAAUUUGGAAUGAAAGGGUGUCCCGUAGCUCGGUCACUAGCACCAUGUAAUUGGCUUAAAAUAGGAUUCAAAGUGGGUGAAAUUACAGAUGUGUAAAUUGAUAUUAAAAUUGUUGUCUUAAUAUCUCCAGUUGCUGUAUAACUUUUGCUGGUUUAAUUCCUUUUAAAUAUAAUAAUGCAUUAAUACAUAUACAGGUCCACAUCCCUUUAUCCGAAACCCUUGGGGCCAGUAGUGUUUCAAAUUUCAGAAUUUUUUGAAUUUCAGAAAGAAGGUGGGGUCUAGGGUAGUGCCCCAUAAUCAAACCUUAACACUGCAGCAAAAAUGUAUGAAUACUCACACUAAGUGGGAUAAAUAAAGACUACAAAUACUACUAUGGAAUGCACAACAGGUGCAUUACUGUCAAUGUUCAGCAUUUCUUCAAUGUCAGCUUCCUGUAACUUAUUUACACUUUCGUUUGAUAAACUUUUAGCGUAAGUUACAAGGUUUCACAUCAUCAUCUCAUCAGUGAUACGAAAUCCUUCCAAGUCUUCAUCUGUAGGUUCAGUUACAUCAAACAUCGUUUUAGGCCAAAGUCUGUGCCAAGCAUUUGUUAAUGUUGAUUUAUCAACAUCCUUUCAAGCAUUAACAACUGCAUAAAGGGCACCCUUAACACUGAACUCUUUCAGGAAGUCUUGGAUUCCAACUCCUCUGUUGACUACAGCAAGUAUACAGUUUAAAAAAUAGUCUUUAUACUUGCUCUUCAUGGAGCAUAAAAUUCCUUGGUCACAAGGCUGUGAUACAGGUGACUGAUGCUCCACACUCCACGAAAAAAUUUUGGUUUUCAGAACUUCUCGAAUUUUAGAAUUUUGGAUAGAGAUGUGGACUUGUAUAUACGUAUACAGAAAAAUCCCACAAGCACUGAUAUUGUGAUAUCAAUGCUCAUGGGAUUUUUCUAAUGCUAUAAUAUUCAUCCUUCUGGCUGUGGGCACUGUUGUGCCUGGGGGCACUUCCUGUAUCCUCCUCUCUCCCUCCCUCACUCACUCCAGUGAAGAUGGUCCUUUGGGGACGUACUUGCUUGGACAUCCUCCUCUUUUCUGCAAUUCUGCAAGCUCCUGAUGUGUUGAUUGCAACACGAAAGGCCUAGAGCCAUCAUUCUACUCCCCUCAUGGUUAUUUUGUACAUAUAUACUGUAUUAUGUAUGUACAUGUAUAUAUAUACGGCCUCUCCUCACUUAGCGACGCACUCGUUUACCGACACCUCAGACUUACGAUGGGCUCUCUAACCAGUAUUCAUACUUACAUAAUGUAUAUUAGAUCUGAUUUCCUUUAUUCUGUUUAUUUCAAUAUACAAUACACUACUGUAUAAACAUUUAAAAAUAUACCAGAAAUGUUAUAGAUAGUGCAAAGGUGACAUUAAAACAAUAUCAAAGAUGGUGGACACAAACUCACUACCGUCAUAGUAUGCUCUUUACUUAGCGACAAAUUCGUUGAACGACAUGGUCUUAGGAACAGAACUCCGUCUUUAAGUGAGGAGAGGCUGUAUAUACAGCAGGGCCCCGCUUAUACAGCAGAUUAGGCUUCAGGCUACCAUUGCAAAGAGACAUUUGCUGAAAAGUGAAACAACCUUUUUCCGCUUUCAGAUGCAUUUUCACUUCCAGGCAUUUAUUAGGCCUGAAAAAUGCACAUACAAUACACACAUUACUUUAAAAUACUUUCAUCUUUAGCAAUUGAAUGGUAAAUAUAUUGUAGGAAGUCUGAAUAAAUGAAGAACGAGUAUAGUUCAAAAUCACCGCAUCAGCAAAACACCAUAAAGUGAAACGCUGUAAAGUGGGGCUCUUCUGUAUGUAACUCACAUUGGUUGUAAAGUGCCUGGGGAAUGAAAGGCAAUCGGGUUCGAUUCAAAGAAGUGGAUUAACCCGUAAACGGUCCAAACGUAUAUAUACGUUUUUUCAGCAUUUGAAAGUACAGUGGACCCCGGUUAACGAACUUUUUUCAUUCCAGUAGUAUGUUCAGGUGCCAGUACUGACCGAAUUUUUUCCCAUAAGGAAUAUUGUGAAGUAGAUUAGUCCAUUUCAGACCCCCAAACAUACACGUACAAACGCACUUACAUAAAUACACUUACAUAAUUGGUCGCAUUUGGAGGUGAUCGUUAAGCGGGGGUCCACUGUAUGUAAAAAAAGUAGAUCUUUUUUUUUUUUUUUGUUAUAUUUGAAAAUAUGUAAAAAAAACUUAGAUCUACUUUUGUAGCGCUACACAUGUGAACGUAGAUCUACUUGGACCGUUUACGAGUUAAGAUCCCAUCACCAGCAUCCUUGAAGGGUUAAUUCACUAAAAUUUUAUUGACGAAGGUUUUAUCCAUAAUUGUUUGAACAUUUUUAAAUUUAGUUUAAGUGAGGUUAGGCGAUGUUUCUUAUGAAUUUUUUUUAGCUAAAUUCUGCUAUAUAUAUAUAAUACAUACAGGUAAAUUUAAAUUGGUUUAAUAUUAAUAAAAGUCUAGACAUGUUAAGCACAUGUAUGAAACUUGCCACGAGGGAGGUUCCUUGAUACUGGUGAGGAAAGGGCUCUUGAUCUAAGUACAUACUCUAUUUUCCCAAGACUCUAUGAUCCCUAUGGGUUUACAGCUUCCCCAUGAAUGUAAUAAUAGUAAGGAAAGUUUUUUACAAUGUAACACGCUUCAAUGUCAAUAAAUAUUAAAAUGUUGAAAA